AAAAAGAACCAACAAUUGUUAAAAUUGUUAUUAACUCAAAAAAAAUGAAAUAUUAAUUUAUUAAGAAAAAAAACUUCCAGAAGAGGAGGUCUUCCAGCAAGCUGUACCUGUCCUCAACAGCAAGAAGAAAACCCAAGCUGUAAACCAUUUUCCACCUUGAAUGAAUUUCCAAGCCAAAAUCAUACAAAAUGGAGCGCAAGGAAGUGGAACAACAGUUUAUGGAUCACUCCCUCCUCGCCACGGAGCUAAUGCGCGAUCCCAACCACUUUAUAAUGGAUCUCAUAGAUCACACCUACAAGGCGGAAGGACCCACCAACCUCAGCACCAAUGCUGUGCAUCAUCCCGCUGGAUCCGCCUAUGCGGACGUGGAGAUCAAGGACACCCUUACACCAGAAUCCCUAAACACUAUUUUCCAGUUUGUAAACAAAUCCUCAUCGUCGCCGGAAAGUGUAGAGCAGCAGCAGCAACAGCAUCAGGUUAAUCAUCAACAGGAAGUCAACCAGCAGCCCGCAUUUCCCGCUCUGGGCAACAUCGAGCCCAUACCAGUGCCCAUCAUGGAUGUGGUGGCCACCGAGGAGCUGCUGUAUGCCUCAUCCGCCUGCAUGAAUGCAAGGAAAGUGCUGCCCCACAAAAAACGAAUCUCCAGGAAGCUCAAGGGUAACAUGGACAACAACGAUCUGCUAGUGGAGCAUCAGCAGCAGCAUCAGCACAAGGAGCUGGUACAGGAGGAUGUGCCGGAUGUACCGGGCUCUGCGGCGCUCUACAGCUGUGAGAUUUGUGGUUAUGCGGUGCACACGCAAUUGGAUUUCUUUGCCCAUCUAAAGCAGCACUAUGAGCCCACGGAGCAGCAGCAGAAUCAUAAUCCCCAGCAGCAGCAGCAUCAUCAACAGCAGCUGCAAAAGGAGCCUCUGGACAUGUGCGGCUUGUCUGCCCAGGAUAAGCUCCAACAGGAACAGGCCAAACUGGAUCAAGUCUUUCACGAUGUCCAACUAAACUUUGAGAAUUUCCACAACAUCAGCCACCACCAUCAUCAUCACCACCAUCACCAUCAUGUGGAGGAGGAUGACGACGAUGAUGACGAUGUUGUGCCCAGCAAUGUGGGCGUCAAUAUGGUGUUGCCUGGCCAAACCUCCGAUAAACUCAGUCCUGUUAUAGUCGUACCCCCACCAAAUCCCAUACCUGUGCCUGUAGACGAUGAUGUGGAGUUUAGUGACACGGAGGACAUGCUGGAAGGCAUACGGAAUGUGGUGGAUAAGGUGUCUAUAGAGGACACUUGCGAUGAGCUUGUGGAUCUAGAGCUAACCUCCAGUGGCAUGACGGCUCCUUGGUUCAAUAAUAACUUUAGGGACAUCACUUUUCCUGCUUUGCUGUUGCCAGGAGAGCCACCACCAUCGUCGUCGUCAUCGACUUCAGCUUCGGCGGCUCCUGCCCUGCUCAAGGAGAGUCCACACAUGGCGCUGGAUUUCCUAAAUGGAGUGCCAAAAACAGAGCCCAAAAUGGAGAGGGCCAAGGCUAACGAGGAUAUGGAACAGACCUUGGAACAGGUUCCUCCACCUCCUCCUCCUCCUGCACACCCUCAUCCUCAAACCAACUCCUCAAUCGAGCAACUUCGUCGCUCCCCUUUGAUGAUAGAUGAAGGCUUCAAACUGGAGGAAGACGACAGCAGACCACCUUCACCCUUCGACGAAGAAGAAGGAGAUCCCCAAGAGACUGAUGAACACCAAGAGAGCUACUCGUUGGCUGGACUAGACACCAGUUUAACCGAAGACUCCAGUGGAAAGGCCAGGAGAAAGCACUUUUGCGACAAGUGCAGUCGCGACUUCAACUCGUAUAAUGCUUUAAAGUACCAUCAAUAUACACACAACCAGCAGAGAUCCCACAAAUGCGAAAGCUGCGAGAGAUCCUUCUACACCCAGAGUGCCCUCAAGGCUCAUGAGAGAACACAUUCCGGCGUCAAACCCUUUAAAUGCGAAAAAUGCGACUUUAAAUUCCGGCAAUGGGGCGAUCUCAAGUAUCACAUCAUCUCCCGACACAGCGACAUUAAGGCUCACAUGUGCGAAUUCUGCGGCAAGAGCUUCUCCCGGCGGUAUUCCCUUGUACUCCAUCGGAGAAUCCACACCAGCGAAAGGAACUAUGCCUGUCCGUAUUGCGAGAAAACCUUUCGCGCCAGCUCCUAUCUGUUGAGUCACGUUAAAGUUCACACGGGAGAGCGACCUUACGAGUGUUCGAUUUGCGAAAAGAAAUUCCGAGUGUCUGGGGAUCUUAAGCGACAUUCACGCAUCCAUGAUCCCGCCAGAAACGGAAAUGCUGCCUUGGAAAAGGGGAAGAAGAAGGAAAAGGCAGCGGCUGUUGCUUCUACAAAUAAAUUACAGGAUCAGGAGGAGAAUCACACACAAAACCACAAGUCUGAGGGGGAAAUACCGGGCUCAUAGCCACGCUGCUAUGCCAAGCCAAGGUUUCUUUAAAGUAGUUUUUAAAAAAUUGUACAAAAUAUGUAAAUAAAUAAUGGAGAAGAAUGGAAAAUAAGUGAGAAUGGAAUUUAAGUAAGAAAUCUAAGGCUUCAUAUAAGACUUUAAAAUUAUUAUUUAAGAAAUGAAGAAAAAAUAAAUAAUAAUAAAAUAAAGAUUAAAUUAUAAAUAAAAUAAAACAAACACAAUAUAAUUUAAAUUUUAGAACAUGUAAACAGAAGAGGAAGACGGGGUGGGUCAGGAAGAUAAGAAGGAGAAGAUAAGGAUUUAACGAAAGACAGUAAAAAGAAUAAACAAUAAGAUAGAAUAAUA